ACCCAUAUUGUUUUAUCACUUUCAGAUUUGACCAGACUUUUAUAAACAAUCAAUCAAAAUGGGUAAGGAGAAGGUUCAUAUUAACAUCGUCGUCAUUGGACACGUAGAUUCCGGAAAGUCGACCACCACUGGUCACUUGAUCUACAAAUGCGGUGGUAUCGACAAGCGUACCAUCGAGAAGUUCGAGAAAGAAGCCCAGGAGAUGGGUAAGGGAUCCUUCAAAUAUGCAUGGGUCUUGGACAAACUGAAGGCUGAACGUGAGCGUGGUAUCACUAUUGACAUCGCUCUGUGGAAGUUUGAAACCUCGAAAUACUACGUCACCAUCAUCGACGCCCCUGGUCACAGAGAUUUCAUUAAGAACAUGAUUACGGGAACGUCACAGGCUGAUUGUGCCGUGUUGAUUGUCGCUGCUGGUACUGGUGAGUUCGAGGCCGGUAUCUCGAAAAAUGGCCAGACCCGUGAGCACGCUCUGCUUGCCUUCACUCUUGGUGUCAAGCAGCUCGUCGUUGGUGUCAACAAGAUGGACUCUACUGAGCCGCCAUACAGCGAAGCCCGUUUCGAGGAAAUUAAAAAAGAAGUCUCUUCGUACAUUAAGAAGAUCGGUUACAAUCCAGCAGCUGUUGCUUUCGUACCCAUCUCUGGAUGGCACGGAGACAACAUGUUGGAGCCAUCCAACAAAAUGCCCUGGUUCAAGGGAUGGGCGGUUGAGCGAAAGGAAGGCAAAGCUGAUGGUAAAUGCCUUAUUGAAGCCCUUGAUGCCAUUCUCCCACCCUCCAGGCCAACCGACAAGGCCCUUCGUCUUCCCCUGCAGGACGUGUACAAGAUUGGAGGUAUUGGAACGGUACCCGUCGGUCGUGUCGAGACUGGUGUCUUGAAACCUGGUAUGGUUGUCACCUUCGCCCCAGCUGGUCUUACCACUGAAGUCAAGUCCGUUGAAAUGCAUCAUGAAGCCCUCACGGAAGCCGUACCCGGAGAUAACGUUGGUUUCAACGUUAAAAACGUUUCUGUCAAGGACUUACGUCGUGGUUAUGUCGCUGGUGACUCAAAGAACAAUCCACCCAAGGGUGCAGCUGAUUUCACUGCUCAGGUCAUCGUAUUGAACCACCCUGGUCAAAUCAGCAACGGUUACACGCCUGUGCUUGAUUGUCACACAGCCCACAUUGCCUGCAAAUUCUUUGAGAUCAAAGAGAAAUGCGACCGUCGUACUGGCAAGGCCACAGAGGAAAACCCCAAGGCUAUCAAAUCGGGUGAUGCUGCCAUCGUCAACCUGGUCCCAACCAAGCCUAUGUGCGUAGAGUCCUUCCAUGAGUUCCCACCCCUUGGGCGUUUCGCUGUUCGUGACAUGCGUCAAACAGUCGCCGUUGGUGUCAUCAAGUCCGUCAAUUUCAAGGACGUCACUGGAAAGGUCACCAAGGCCGCUGAAAAGGCCCAGAAAAAGAAGUAGUCUUAGUUUCCGCGCACACGAGCCUACGGCCGCAGAUGCCCGGCUCUUUCAACCUUCAGCGGCGGCGCAGCCAGCUAUCGCAGCAGCUAUAUUACUCCUAUUACCACCCACGUUACCGCCACCGCUGCGCCGCGCCUUUCCUUCCAGCAAUAUCAGCAACAGCUAUCCGGCUGUGGCUGAAAGGCUCGUCCAUCUACCCAGGCGGCUCCGACGGCACUUCUUUCAUCGCAAAGAGUUCCGCAGGAAAGGAAGUUCGCCUGCCUCGCGUAUGAAACUCGACUAUUAACCUGGAAGGCUGGGAGCGACGGAGAAGGCGACGUUAUAGGACAUGCGCUGUUGUCCAGCUGAGCGCCGCCACUGCAACUAUUUGAUCAUUUGUGUACCAGUUUCACAAAGCAACAACAACAACAUAACAACAUCGUGGAAGAAGACCAAUAACUUAAUUUAGCCGAUCUUUAUAUUUUCUAAUUAUUAUACGAAAAUAAUAAAAAUCCUAUAUCUGCGAUAUUCGAAAAACA